GGUGGUGUUCUCCAAAAAAUGAGUUCCGGGUAGACAAGAAGGGUCAUUCUCCCAGCUGGGCUGUCACAGGAAGCUGGGAAGACAGGACCAAUACUGCCCUUGGAGCUCUUCUGACUUCCUUCAGACUGGGGAAGGACUGAGCGGGAUUCUCACAGGUUCCUAAUUCUAAAUUUAAUGGAUGGGGGAUGGGACAAGUAACUAGGAAGUCUAGAGUCAUUUUUGGUGAAAAGGAGAGCUGGGUGUCCCUUACAGAGCUCCACUGUUGCCUCCCAUGGCCAUGAAUUGCCAUGAAGCCAACCACUGUACUAAUUCCUCCACGAUCCUCUCUGGGGGUGGGACUAACACAAAAGCUUAUCCAUCUGUUGCUCCCUGGUAUGCAAUGAAUCAGGCACCCUACUAUAGAUUUUACAGCAGCAGAUGAGAAUGGUCCUUACUCUCACUGGACUCAGUUUAUAACUUGUCAACCCUCUGUAUCUGUGGUUUCUUCAAUUACAGAUUCAACAAACUGAAUUGAAAAUAUUAAGAAAAAUUUGCAUAUGUGGUGAACAUAUGCAGGCUUCCUAAUUAUUACUUCCUUAAAUAACAGCUUACUUAUUUAUGUACUGUUUGCCUGGUGUUAGGUAUUGCAAUAAUGUAGAGAUAGUUAAAGUAUUCAGGAGGAUGGACACCAGUUAGAUGCAAAUACUACAGCCAUUUUAUAUAACAUCUGUGGGUUUGGCUAUCUGUAGGGGGUCCCAGAACCAAUCCUGUGCUGCCAAGGAGUUGGAGAAUUUCUCCAAGUGUGUUCUCUGAAGCUUAGUCCCAUGAGAUUGUUCGUGCAACAGUGUUCUCUGACUAAGUAAGAUGUAGAAUGCUGCUUCCUCGUCAUAUUUGGGGCUAGGGAGACGGCUCAGGGGAUAAAGUUCAUGUUAGGAAAUGUGAUUUCCAGAGUCCAUAUCCCCAGACUCUGCAUAAAAGCCUGGUGGGUGUCUUUAGCCAGCCUCUAAUCUCAGUACCUGGGAUGGAGAGACAGGAGAACCCUGGGGCAAGAUGGCUAGACUAGUCAAAUUGGCAAGCUCCAGGUUCAGCAAGGGACCCUGCCUCAGGAAAUAAAGUGAUGCAAGAUUAAGAAAGACACCCAAGGUGGAGUCGUGGCCCCCAUGUACAUGCUCAUACUUGUGGGCAUGCACACCACACACACACACACACACACACACACACACACACACCAUAUACACACACUCGUGCAAAAAAAAUGUUUGGCCAGACAUCAAAACCAUUUUUACACUGCAAAGUUUUCCCCAUAUGACAUCAGUGGAGGUCUACUUAAGUCUACUGAAGGUCUACUUAAACAUAUUUCACCUUACAGAGUAUCAAAAAAGCAGCUGAAAAGUAACUUUGAAAAAUAAAAUAGAGCUUUAAAGACAGUCCUCAGGAUGGAAUAUACAGUCCAGUGGAAGCAAAUGUGAUUUGAAAUGCUCCAUAAGAAUGGAGGGAGCCGAGAAGAAGAGUCAGGCAGAACUAUGAGUUUGAGGCCAAUCUGGUCGACACAGUGAGUUCCAGGCCAAUCAGGGCUAUACAGUGAGAUCCUAUCUCAAACAGCAAAACAAAACCAAAAAACCAAGCAUCAGAUUUUAAUUCAGAAGAGUUCUGGGCGUUAUUUAACCCACUGUCAUGAUUUAGCAAUGAAGAGUCAUACCCAAAGAAGGCAAGUAUUUAGUUUGCUACAGCUCAUCCCCAAACCUUCCUGUGCAGAGUUAGCUCAGGUAAAACCCUCUUCUGCUCACAGGGAUCCCACAGGGCCAAAAAUGUCUAAACAACUUGAGGCUCAUCAAUACAGGUUUAAUAAAAAAAAAAAAGAAAAGAAAGAAAUCUUUGUGUCAAGGACAUCAGAGAAGGUUGGAGAAGUGGUCUCCUGGCUUUGAAGAGCCCAGGGCUCCAACUCAUAGAUUCUUCCAACCUAUUAGAAAGGAGAUUUUCUGAGAUAUAAAAGGUUUCAUAUGGGGAGAGAGCAGACCUCAGAUACAGAUAGGUGGCAGAGGGGUGAUCUUGCCGAGCUAGGACUGAAAGCUGGUGGCUAUGUCUGGCACAGUGGAAAUAGAAGAAGAGAAGAUACCUGAGGUUUGGGAGACCUUCUGGAGCCAGGGCAAGGUAAAGUGCUCAUCCCUGCUCUUAUGGACUCUUGUCCCUUCCUGGUGUUUCAGAAUGAAGGAUUCAGCCUUGAAGGUACUUUACCUGCACGAUAACCAGCUGCUGGCUGGAGGGCUGCAUGCAGGAAAGGUCAUUAAAGGUGAGGAGAUCAGCGUCGUGCCAAAUCGGGCACUGGAUGCCAGUCUGUCCCCUGUCAUCCUGGGUGUUCAGGGAGGAAGCCAGUGCCUGUCCUGUGGGACAGAGAAAGAGCCGACUCUGAAACUUGAGCCCGUGAACAUUAUGGAGCUUUACCUCGGGACUAAGGAAUCCAAGAGCUUCACCUUCUACCGGCGGGAUAUGGGCCUCACCUCCAGCUUCGAGUCAGCCGCCUACCCCGGCUGGUUCCUCGGCACUGCGCCCGAAGCUGACCAGCCUGUCAGGCUCACCCAGAUCCCUGAGGAGGCCGCCUCGGACGCUCCCAUCACGGACUUCUACUUUCAGCAAUGUGACUAGGACUGCAUGGUCCCCCAAACUCCCUAGGCAGAGGCGGAGUAGGCAAGGCGGGUGAGGGGCAGGUAGUGAUAGAGGAGCUCCAUGGUGGGUGACUUACUCCUUCCUCUCCCUCCCCUUUCCCCUGGGGACUCCCAUUCUGACUUAGGAGGCACACAGCCAUUCUCUUCUCCUGGUUCCCAACAAAUUCUUCGGGUAUCCGGAGCUCAGUGUGUGGACUCCUUCUGCACUGGGUGGUACUACCUCUGGUGUGGAACCUAUACAAACUGCAUAGGACAAAGAAUAGCAUAAAGAGAUUCUCGGGUGAGAGAGUGGUGGGGUGGUUGAUGCAUUGUGAAAUCUGACACAGUGCCUCAGAAGCUCUGCCAUCCCCUGCUGGGCAGGAGAAGGAGGUAUCACGAAGAUCUUUGGCUGGCUGGGCUCCUUCCCUCAAUCCUGCAGCUCACAUCCACUGCCUCUUUUAUCCCUGCCUUCAUUCUCUGACCUUGGACUGAGAGGGCGAUGUCAGGAUAGAGGACAGAAGAUGGCCAGGCACACUGUCCUGGUUUGAAACCAGAGGUACAAUAAAAAUCCCUGAUUCUGAUGUCUACUCACACAGAAAGAUGCUCGUGAACAUUGGGUGGGAAGAGCUUGCUACAAAGUAAUGUAUCUUGUAUUUUCACCUUAAUUAAAAUAUACUUAUCUGUAUUAUAUGUUUUAAAA